GCGCGGCGGGCCGCCAUGGUGCUCGUGGUGGUGAUGGGCGUCAGCGGCUCAGGGAAGACCACGGUCGGGUCGCGGCUGGCUGAGAAGUUGGGAUGGAAAUUCUAUGAUGCAGACGAUUAUCAUCCUCUAGAGAAUAAGAAGAAAAUGGAAGAAGGGAUACCACUAAACGAUGAGGACAGGAUUCCUUGGCUUUGUGCACUGCAUGAUAUACUAAGGAGAGAAGACACAUCUAGACAAGAUACAAUUCUGGCCUGUUCUGCACUGAAAAAGAUGUACAGGCGUGUGUUAAUUGGUGGAGCAUCUGCAAUUGAAAGCAACCACCCAGAGCAACCAGGAGAAAACCCAGCACUGAAGAUCCUCUUUGUUCAUUUGGAUGGACCUAAGGACAUAAUUGCUGCCCGCUUGAAGAAGCGGAGAGGUCAUUUUAUGCCACUUGAACUUCUCCAGUCUCAGUUUGAUACUCUAGAGCCACCCAGUGCACCAGAAAAUUUCAUUACUGUCAGUCUAGAAAAACCUCUCCCAGAAAUACUCCUACAGAUUGAGACUGCCAUUCUUCGGGGUGAGGCUUUGCCAGAAUAAUUUUCUGAAUGACACAUACAGAAAUUCCCUGAAGGAUAGCAGGGCAAAGAGACAGAAUUUUAAUUAUCGAAUUGAUUAUUAAAUCAAACCAACUUAUUUUUAAGAGCUGGUUUACUACUCUUUUUUUUUUAUCAUGGCUCUGUAAAAGACAUAUAAAAUGUCUUUACAUCUUUUGCAUAUAUAAGAUGCAAGAACUGUUAACUUUUUAAGCCCUUCACUCUAUUAAGUUAAAGUUCUCCUUUUAGUAAGAGCUUGCUUUUGAAAAUUCUCGCAAGGGUCACCCAGAAUAAUUUAUUUUCUUAAUAUUUACUCUCUCCAACACUGAGAUGGGCACAUCUACUAUUACAAGAUUAAAUAAUUUAGAGCUUUGUUAAAAAUAAUGUCAUUUUCCUAGAAGAGGCAGGAACAUGCAUGAUGAAGUUCCGUACGUGACACUACCCCUGUCUCACUGGUGGAUUUUCAUCGAGUUGUAGGUUCUGUGUUUGUAUUCCUGUUGACCUCAGCAGAGCACUGAUGACUUAAUGAGAAUUUUUCUGAUCUCUUACUGUAUGUACCCGCCACCAAACUGAAAAAUGUUAGAAAAAAAAAGGUAGUGGUGGUGAUGCAGUAUACAAAAUUUAAUUGAAUGGAAAGCUUUAGAAAUAAAGUAUAUGUGGCAUCAUACUGACUCUGAACUUAGAGCUUUCAUGUACAAAGUGUACACAUUGCAGUCA